AUGUCAAAGCCGAUCAACGUUGAGGCUUAGCGUGUAAACAAGAUCCUCAACGAGACAGUCCAGAAGAUCAGAGUGCUAUCACUGCUGAAUCAAGAACUUUUCGAGGAGAUCUCGAAAAAAGAAGAGGAAGAUAUCUGCAACGUGUUUGGCUAGCAAAUCGGAUAGUUACUGUACAGACAUGCCCUACUGGAGUAGUCAUUCAAAUAAAACAACAUCGGACCUGAUAGCAAGAUGUACGCUCUUGAUGACGAGUACCUGCAAGAAGAGUCUAGAAAGGUUGCAAUCGAUAUCAGAAAGACCAUAAGCAAUCUAGUUCGUCACUUCUCUAUGCCAGCAUUACAAGUUAAGCUAAAGGCUACAUUUGGAGACUAAAGAUCGAAUGAAUUUGCUGGUUUCAUAGAGACCUUCGAAUAAUUAAAAACUCUUUGGCUUACUAAGUUAACUACUCCACUCGAAGAAGAGCAAUCAAUCAAAGAGUAGUUAAGAAUGCUUCAAUCCCGUACUCAGAAGCUCAAAGAAAUCAGAGAUCAAAAGAAGGAGCAUCUGCAAAAGUAUGAGGAAGAAUCCAAGGAGCAAAAGGAGCAGAGAGAAUAUGAAAUUCAGAACUUGAAGAAGACUAUUGCUGAUGAAAAUGCUCAAAAGGAGCAGCGACUAAAGGAGUUAGGUGACUUUGGCAAGAAUAGACAUGAUAGACUAAAGAAGACUCACGAUGAGACUGUUGAUAGACUCAAGAAAAGUAUUGCUAAUUUUGAAAAUCAACUAGCUGAGCUGAAGAAGCAGAACAAAACUGACGAGCAAAAGUUAAGAGAGGACUACAAGCGUGCAGACAGAGUCUAUACUGACAAUCUUUAGAGCUACGAUACUGAGAUGAAGCAGCAAAGCAAAGCCAAGGAACAGACUUAGGAGUAGUUCGACCAGGUGCAUCACGAAUUGCUUAUAAUAUCAGAAGAGUAUAAACAGAGGUUCGAGGAACGCAAGAAGCGAGAGGAGAUACUCACUAUUAUGAAGAGAAAGAACGAAGAACAGCAAAAGUAGAUGAAUCUACUUCACAGAGCUGCCGACUGGGUAUAGGCUCAUUGGAGAGGACUACUAGCCAGAAGAGAAAUGGAGAAGGCUAGAAAGGGAAAGAAAAAGAAGAAGAAGAAGAAGUGA